AUGACUUUGGAAACCGGCUCCGUCAUUGGCACUGCUGCCACCCCCUCCGUCUCCCUAUGGCUGCUGCUCGCCAUGACCAUGGUUAUGUCCCUGCUAUCCGGCGUCGGUGCGUUGCCUUACCUCUUUACGGGCAAGCUGGAGCCAUAUUGGUCGGGCAUCGCCAAUGCAGUUGGUUGUGGCGUCAUGCUGGCUGCCAGCUUCGACCUGCUUGAGGAGUCCAAGGCCUACAGCGCGCCGCUGGUGCUGGGCGGCAUCCUUCUGGGGGUUCUAGCUAUGGCCUAUAGCCAGUCCUGGCUUUCGCGCUUUGAAAACGCCAUUCUGAUCAUCGGCGUCAUGGCCGCACAUGCAUUUGGCGAGGGCUCCGGAGUGGGCGUGUCAUUCAGCGGUCCCCGCGGCUGGGCGCAGGGCCUGCUGGUGACAAUUGCCAUCGGACUGCACAACAUUCCCGAGGGUAUGGCGGUAGCGACAAUUAUGGUCGACCGCGGAGCACCUCCUCGCACGGCACUGUUCUGGACGCUGCUGUCGGCGCUGCCGCAAGGCAUUGUUGCCGUGCCCGCAUACAUGUUUGUGGAGACGUUUUCGGGGCUGCUCCCCAUAGCGCUGGGCUUUGCCGCGGGCUGUAUGAUUUGGAUCGUGUUUGCAGAACUCAUUCCCGACGCGUUGGAGACAGCGGAGCAUGGACAUGUAGCCACCGCUGCCACGCUAUCGGCCGCUGCGCUGCAAUGCAUCAGCAUGGUGAUCGCCAAGUUGGAACGCCCGGAUGGCUCAUUAGCUUCACCCAUCGCUGCGGACGUGUCCGUCCUGCUGCCCGACUUGCUGCUGCUACUCCCAGGCUUCCUGACACCCUGCGUUGCUGCCGGUUUGGCGGGCAGCCUGUUGCCCUCCCUGCCCCUCACCAUGGGGCUGUCUGUGGGCGGUGGUAUAUCUGCGGCGCAGGCGAGCCUUGCAGCCAGCCGAAGCUUGGGCGGCAUGGGGACGGGGCUAGACAGGCGCAACGGCUACGGUGCAAGUGUGGGUUUUGCAGGAGCGUCACAUUUGGAGGAUGGCGGGGUUGGCGCGGUGACAAUCACGUGGAACGGCCCCCUGGACUUGCAGCCCGCUACGGACCGGCCACGGGAGUGCGUACGGGCGGCGCUAGUAGUUGGGGUCAUGCUGCUGGCGGGGACGUUGCCGCUGGCGUAUGAGGUGGCAGCCGUGCUGUUGCACCACCUGGGGGAUGCGUCCACACUUCUGCCGCCGCUGAUGCUGAGAGGCAUAGCACCCGGGGUGACCUGCGUGGGCAUCGUGCGGACUGUAGCUGGCGCACCCGGCUGGCGCCGCCCUGCCGCUGCUGCUGGGCUGCUGGCCACCUGCCUCGGCACAGCCGUAUCCCUGGUACUGCUGUCGUUGCCAUACGGGCGGGUGGCAGCAGAGGAGAUCGCACUGGACCCUGCCGGCCUGGCGGGCCGCUUGCAGGCCUUUGCAUCCGGGGGCCUGUUGCUGGCGGCUGUUGGCCAGCUGUGGCCUGCCGCCGCGCAUUUCAAGCCCCGCAAGGUGCAGCUGGGGGUGAGCCUAGGUCUGGGCCUGGGGGCCUUCAUGGCGCUGCUGCAUGCCGGUCUGUGCGCGGGGACACCAUACUGCCUCGCGCUCGGAACGGUGCCAACGACGUCGGAUCCACGCUGA